AUGUCUCUAGGAAGAGCUUGGGCGCACCAGCUUCCGGAAAAGCUCAAACAAGCAAGCAUUCACGGGUUCAAAGGAGUGGAAAUAUUCUACGAAGACCUCGAGUACCUGGCGAGGGACCUCUCCCACGGCAGCGACGCCUCACCAGAGGGUCUGCUCCUUGCCGCGCGAACCGCUCGCCAUCUUUGCGACCAAAACAAUCUCACAGUAGUCUGCCUGCAGCCAUUCUUGUCCUAUGAAGGACUCCUUGAUCCCGUGGAACACCGAAAACGGAUCGAAAAGUUGAAGCUAUGGUUCCAGAUCAUCAAGAUACUGGGCACGGACAUGAUUCAGAUCCCAGCAAAUUUUAUGACCAAAGACAUAACUGGUGACCUCGAUGUCAUAGUUGCAGACAUGGUCGAAGUUGCGGAGUUGGGUCUGCGAGAGACGCCAAGUGUGAGGUUCGUAUACGAGAACAUAUCCUUCGCUACAUACGUCGACACCUGGGAAAUGGCGUGGGACGUGGUGCAAAAGGUCGAUCGACCGAACUUCGGCAUUUGCCUGGAUACGUUCAACAUCUGCGCCAGGGUGUACGGAGAUCCGGCUGUAGAGUCGGGCAAGACACUUAAUGCGGAGAGGGAUAUGCAAGCAUCAAUCGAGCGCAUGAAGCAACAGAUAGAUGUGAAGAGGGUCUUUUAUGUCCAAAUUGUGGACGGAGAGAGAUUGCGCGACCCCAUUACGCCGGCUCAUCCUUUUUACAUUAAAGGACAGUCGGCUAGGAUGGGAUGGUCACGGAAUGCAAGGCUCUUCGCGUAUGAAGAAGGAGGUUAUUUGCCCAUACUGGAUGUUGCAAGGGUAAUCUUCGGGGACCUAGGCUUUGAAGGCUGGGUGUCAUUGGAGCUUUUUUCGAGGACUAUGGCAAGAGUUGACCCCGCGGUACCACGCGAGCUUGCUCGCCGAGGCUAUGAAUCUUGGAGGAAACUGAAACAGGAUUUGCAUUUGAAGGACGAGCCUGGGGCUACAGACUGUGUUCUGUUACCACAAGGAGCAUGA